GUGUUAUUGUAUCUAUAGUUGGUUAAUUGGACAAGUACUUCCAACAAGUGUGAAGAAAAAGUUUGAUUUGCCAUGGAUGAUUAUGGAGCUUCUCCUGCUGGCUCUGCAGAUGAGUCAAAGUCGACGUCUUGCCCAAGAGGACACUGGAGGCCCGCAGAAGAUGAAAGACUCCGGCAACUCGUCGAACAGUACGGUGCCCAGAACUGGAACUCCAUAGCAGAAAAGCUUCAAGGAAGAUCAGGGAAAAGUUGUAGGUUGAGAUGGUUUAAUCAACUAGACCCAAGAAUCAACAGAAGGCCGUUUAGUGAAGAAGAAGAAGAGAGGCUUCUAGCGGCUCAUCGGAUUCACGGAAACAAGUGGGCAAUGAUAGCAAGACUGUUUCCAGGUCGGACUGAUAACGCCGUAAAGAAUCACUGGCAUGUUAUCAUGGCCAGAAGGCAAAGAGAGCAAUCUAAGUUAAUUUGUGGGAGCAAGAGAAGCUACCAAGAUUUCUUAAUCUCUAAUGACUCUCUAUCGAACACUUCCUCAUCAAUUUCCAACGCUUUUGAUUUGAGGAUAUUGAAAUCAUCAACUGGGUUUGAUCACAAUCAGAGUAGUUCUACUACUAGUACUGUGUUUGAAUUCAGGAACCCUGGUAAAGGUAGGGCAAUGUCGUUCAUGGAAUCGUCAAGGCCUAAAAGCUCUUCUUGUCAUAAUUGGAACUUUGCUUCAAUGACAAGUUCAUUAUCAAAUCCCAACUCGACAUCUUCAUCAGGCUUCUUGAGAGGAUCAGAAAUAUCUAAUUACAGAGUUUCGGAGUGCUUCAAGGGUGGUAAUUCGGAUCAUCGUUUUGUUCCUCGAAUUAAUGGGCAAUAUUCAAGUCCAGCAUUCGUGUAUGGCAGGUAUAGAGGUUCCGGCAGCAGCAGUAGUACUUUUGGGCUUCCAAAUCCCAGAAGGGUUAAUGUUCCAAUCAAUCAUUUCGGGUGCCUCAGUAGUAGUACUAGUCCUCUUGGAGAUAUUCAUGAGAAGCAUGGAAGCAAGAUGAUAUUGAAGAAAGAGUACCAGAGGGCUGCAUCAGCUACUACAUUUGAAGACCAUCCUCAUCAUCAUCACGAUUCAUCCAUCGAGCAUAACAAGGAAGUUCCCUUCAUAGAUUUUCUUGGUGUGGGGAUCUCUAGCUAG